CAUAGAUAUAAUUCUCGUUCAUAAGGUCGAUUCAAUGUGCCCAAUGGAAGAAAUAGUUCGAGCUAUGAAUUACGUCAUUACUCAAGGGUGGUCAAUGUACUGGGGAACUGCUAGAUGGUCUCCGGUUGAGAAUAUCUGGAAGGGUGAUAUAGGAUGACAUUUGGAGAAAAAAUGAUCUACACAUGAGGAAUUCCGUGGCAAAGCGGCUGGUCAUAAAACUCGACCAUCCCCGGUAUUAACGAAAAUUUGAAUUGAAUAUAAUGAAUUUCCAUGAUUUUCACAGACAAUCAGACCAUUUUUAUUCAAAGGGUUUUUUUAAAGAGCGAAUGUGUUCUUGUAUGCACUACGUACACACAAUAAAAAUACCAGCACGGUAUUUCGUACAGCAAAACGGGUGUACCCCAUUAGGCAUAAAUACGUUAGGCAUAUGGACGUAUGACAUACGUACGUUAGGCAUAAUGGAUGUUAAGCAUAAAGACGUUUGGCAUAAUGGACGUUGGGCAUAAUAUGCGUUAGGCAUAAUGGACGUUAGGCAUAAUGGACAUUAUCAUGUUUAAGUAUCUUUAAGGAAAUAACUUUUUUGUGGUAACAGCUUCGGGUGGUAAGAGCGCAAAUGUUUGGAAUUUUUUGAUGUUGUAGAAUUACUCUGGAAGCUGAUAAAACUCGAUCAACAUUUUAUUCUAUUGUAAAUACCUCAAGAAAUCUUAACUCAAUUACAAGAUGCAGAACGAAUGCUCAUCGAAUGAACAAAUGGCACACCUCUAAAAUAGACUAAAUACUGUUGUUUAAAAUCGGUCUAUUUUGUAUUAAGGUAUGAAUAACGCACAUCAACCUCUUCAUGCCCAUGUUGUUUGUAAACAAAAAAGUUUUUGUACUGCUAAAACUUUUAAUUUAGGAAGAAUUUACACACAAAAACAAGUAAGACCAGUAACUGUGACUAUUAGAAGUGAAGUUAUUGCUAUGUGUCUGAUAUAACUCUGUUGGAGCAGUACUACCAGAGAUAUUUACAGUUAGCGUCGAUAAAUGAAAUUUUGAUAUUAUCUUCAUUGUUUUUUAUUAUCAUUGAAAACUGAUAAAAUGUAAAAAACAUCUUCGACUAUUUUUUUCUAGUAUAUAGAAUAUUGAAAAUUUUCUAGGACAAUUGUGUUGAGCACCGGAAGGUAAAUAUUGAGCAGCUUCCAGCACUGCAAAAAAAGCAUCUUUCAAAGCAUGUUUUUCGUGUUUCUUGAACUGUAUGAACGCUACAAAAAAGUUGGGCAUGUAAGGGUUAACUUAAAUUAUUUCUUCAUGCAUGCAAGAUGAAUUGUCCAAGAAGAAAAUAUAUAACCUUGAAGAACAGCUCAUGAAAUAAAGAAUAAUGCAUUUUAUUAUUCAUUCAACGAAUAUUGCUGGUUCUAUAUUAAUUAUCUCCCAUAUUCUUAAGCACAAUGAUUGCCAUCACAAAUAGAACUACGGAAACUCUUUGAUGUGAGAGAGAGUUUAAUCCUGUACUAUGACGAUUUACCGAAUCGAAAAAGGUAUCGUCACAAGCUUAAAAUCUGUAGCCUAAUGUUGAUCCUGUACAUAACACUGCCAGUUUCCAUAGGAUCCAAAACUUAAUGUCUGUUCAUUAUUUUGCUUUUUUAAAUAUUUGAAUGCAACUGUACUGGUAAUACAUCUAAGAGGCUUGAAAUAUGCUUGUACCAAAACUGUUCACUUAAAUUAAGGGAUAUUUUUUAUUGCACCCAUACUUAUUCAUUGAUUUGUUUUCCCUUUUUUACGCUACCCGUACAUAAUUAUGUACUUUGAAAUUGUAACUGACUCCUCCUAUUUUGAUGUACAUAGAAUAGUUUAAGUCAGGUUAGCUAGGUUAGCUCGUAAGAUUUUAAAAUGGAAUAAAUCACAUUAUGUUAAACAGCCAACAAGGGUACAGGCUAAAAGUUUAAAAUAUCACGUAUCCAAAAUGGCGACCGUGAAAAGUAAAGUGAAGGCAGCACAAGUGAUAAUGAAUUUUCGUCGCUCUCGAUUUAUUGGAUUACUAACUUGCAAAAAGUUCUUCAAUUCACCGGCACAUUUCUUAGACAAUAGCCCGUACUAAACGGACAGCUCGUAAAUCUACUGGAGGUAAGGCUCCGCGUAAGCAGCUUGCCACCAAAGCUACCUAUGAAAGUGCUCCAUCCACUGGUGGUGUCAAAAAACACCCCACUGAAGAACUCGAAAUAUGAAGUGAAAAUGGACAUCUAACACCCACUAGUAAUCGUUAGAACGAACUCAAAUUAGUGACAAGAAAUCCAGAAGAAAAUUCACACAAAUAACAGUUAACUAUCCAACCGAAUAACACCAUGAGGAAGUGAAGCAGCUGUACUGUAUACUAGUAAACGUUAGAACGAACUCAAAUUAGUGACAAGUGACAAGAAAUCCAGAAGAAUUCACACAAAUAACAGUUAUCUAUCCACCCGAAUAACACCAUGAGGAAGUGAAGCAGCUGUACGGCAACAGUUUGGUACCGAUGCCGCCACACCCGCUACAGACCCACGAAUUGUUGCAAAUUAAGCAGUUGUACGGCAACAGUUUGGUACCGAUGCCGCCACACUAGCCAUAGGCCCACGAGUUGUUCCAAAUUAAUUCGACACGUCAGUUUGUCUUCACAUCUCGCCCUGAGCAGACGCAAAAAAUCGUCCCGCGCAAGUGAAACAGUCAAUUCUACCUAAAAAUCAAUCGGUGCCUAUCACACAAGCAGUCCAUAUAACAAUAGCCUAUACCUACUGUGCGAUUUAAUGAUGAGUGACGGUGCCCAGCAAAAAGCAACCCAGAUACGGCCGAACUGUGUUGCUGUUGAUUUUUCAAAAAGCCCCGUAAGACCAGCCAUUCGGGAAGUGGAACAGUUAUUAAAAGUGCAGAUGAAACUCAAUCUGGCUGAAGUGAAAAACCUACAAAUGCAUCAUAUCGAACAUUGCGUGCUGAUUUCGUUCAACAACAUUAACCAAGCUGAGUCAUUCGCCUCGCGAAACAACAUGCAGCACACCGCCGAAUGCGGCAAUGUUAAAUAUAGCAUUCCCGUAUACAUCGAGAACGGCGCUGUAGAAGUUCGUGUCCAUGAUUUGGCUACACGUACCCCUGACGGCGCGAUUAAAAAAUGCUUGCAAAAAUACGGAGAAGUAGACUCCGUUACACAUGAGACUUGGAGGAAUUUUUUCCCGGGCAUCCCUAACGGUGUUCGUGUGGUGAGAAUGCGUGUGACUAAGCCAAUUCCCUCAUACAUAACCGUCACAGCGUUAGGAAGUGACAAUGUUCUCAUUCAUCAAACAUCACUAGUCACGUACCCAGGGCAAAUUCCUACGUGCCAGACACAAACUGGAACAUCUGACCGCGAGCAGCAGGAAAGUACUACGGAUGAGGACAUGGACAUGAACGACAACGCGAAAGAAGACAAACGGAUCGAACCUCAAAUGGCAGUGGACAACACUGGCAAUAUUUCGCCCCCUAGAAAAAGGAUCUCAACACGCAGCAGAAAGCUGCGUCUAAACGAGACAAAAAACUUAACAUAGUUGUUUUUUUUUAUUUAUUGUAAAAAACGAACAAUCGGCCUCGUUAAGCUACCGCAUUUGGGCCUAAAUAAAUUUAAUAAUUAUAAAAAAAAAAUCGACACGUAGCAGUAUCUCAACCUACUCGGACGGUUUGGGUGCAUGACUGACGGAGAGUGACGGUGAUACUAGCAACAGCAGCAGAGUCCGGAGGUAAGAGUUCGAUGAAUGCGCAUGCAGUAAAAAGUGAAGAGUUUGUACAAUAGUGAAAAGAAUCGACACAAAUAGUGUCUUGUACUGUUCCAAUUGUCUUUAAAUUAAAAUAGAACAAAAACUAACCUGUCAAAGCCAACCAAGUGCAGCUAUACAAAGGUUGUUAUUUGAUUACUAUAUAGUAUCGAUUGUCUAGAUUUAUGCCUCAGUAUUAUACAGUAUGAUCUACUUAACCAAAACCUAAUUUAUGCACUACACAAUCAAACAGUAAACAGGUUUUAGCUAAAAUCUAGGCUAAAAUUGUCUAUAAAAAUAAAAUUGACAACUGAAGUAUCCGCCCAAUAACCCUAAAAGCAUAUAUCAUAGGUGGAUAUUAAAUUAUUAUAUACCGUAUAUUAAAUUUUAAUUAUUAGAUACUAAAUUACUAUAUAUUAAAUUUCGAAAAAAUGGGGUCUAGAACAAGUAAAUCCCCGACAGUAAGCGGAGAUCCGCAAAUAAAUAUUAUCAAUAGCUUGGAACAGCACGCAAAUUGGCAAGAUAACCAAGAUACGAAAUACUGGUUAUUACUGACCAUUUGCUGCAUACAAUUAAUAUUUACCAUUUACCAAACGUACACAAGAUACGUCAAGCGCCAAGCGUUUAGGAAGGCAAGGAAAUCGCUUGCAAGUCUAGAUCAGGUCUAGAAUGCACAUACAUUAGACAUAAAACAAUAAAUUUAACAAUACAAAAAACAUAUGCAAAAAGCACUAGAAACAUUAAUAAAGAUCGACAAUAAUUUAAAAAAAUCUAUCACCAAGAAAUUUUCCAAUUCCAAUUUAAUUGAAAAAGAAAAAUUAUGCAAAGCCAAUUACAGGGCAAUACAAGAAUAUCUACUAAUAAAUGAGGAUACAUUAACCUCAGAGAAAUUAUUUUAUUUUAAAAAAUCAUCGAGAACGUUAAAUUUUGAUAUUACAACUGCAAUAAACAAGAAAUUGCACAAAUUUAAAAUAAAAUUUAGAUUAAAAGGGAUAAUUUUAGCUAUCAUUUUUACGAAUCGGCUAAAUAAAUUAAAAAUCAUGGCAAAUUUCGACAUUAAAACGGCAGCGAAGCUAGCCUCUAUAAUUCCACUAUACGAUGGUAAUAAAGAAGGAGCUAAAGGUUUCAUAGAUGCUGUAAAUUUUAUAAAUACGAUCGUGACCGAAGCUCAGAAACCCACGGCGGUACAGCUAGUACUCACCAAGCUCACAGGCAAAGCGAGAAACCUUUUUACAGCGGUCCCAGCCAGCCUAGUUGAGAUCGCCCUGCAAAUUCAAUUGAACUGCACAGACAAAAACAGUUCGGAUUCCGCAGAAAACAAUUUAAAAAAUAUAAAGCAUAACAGCGACCCGCGAACUUUUGCUAAAAGCGUCGACGAACUGAGCAAUCAGCUCGCCAACGCAUACAUCCGAGAAGCCUUUCCGGGUGAAGUAGCCAAAAAGAAGACACAAAAGGCGGUUAUACAAGCACUGAUAAGCGGCUCACGCCACCCCGAAACUAAGAUGAUGUUAAGAGUCGCCAAAUUUGAUACAUUAAGCGACGCAAUCGACUUAAUGGUUGAAAACGAAACUUGUAAUGAAAAAGAAUCCGCCACCCUACUAAACAUAAAUAAAAAUACGAACAGAUGGGACAACCGAGUUAUACUUAUCCACAUAGAAACGUGUAUAAUAACCAACGAGGCCGUGGUCAUUACCAACCUCAACAGACUCGAUAUGGAACAAAUCGAUUCCCGCAGAAUCGACAAAACAUGUAUUUAGCAAGUACUGAACCGCAAUCAUGCAUGGCUGACCAAGGCCAAGCACAAACAGCUGUGCCGGUCCCUGCACCGAGCGAACAGCAACAACAACAAAUUCAAAACCAUUUUUUUGGCCAAUGUGUUGACUCUUAAUAUAAGCGCUUCUAACUUCAUAAAAGUUGGAGUGCGUAUGGCCAAUUCGAUCUGUACGUUGAUAAUAGAUUCUGGUGCAGAUAUCUCUAUUUUUAAGAGUAAUAGAGUAAUGCCCAAACAAUUAGUAAAUAAGAAUAUCAGAGUAAAAUUAUCUGGAAUAACGGAAGGCGAAAUAGAAACAACAGCACUGACCGAAACUGAAUUAAAUUUCGGAAAUAACAUAAUCAUUAAACAUAACUUUCAUCUAGUUAACGCAGACUUUCCCAUUCAAACCGAUGGCAUUUUGGGCAGAGAUUUUUUCUCCUCCCAUAAAUGUAUAAUCGAUUACGAAUGUUGGUUAUUAAAUUUCUCAGUAAAUAAUACUAACGUGUCCGUACCUAUACAAGACAGCGUAAACAACAUAAUACCGCAGAGAUGCGAAGUGAUUAGAAAAUUAAGUAACAACAAUCUUAAGGAAGACAUGGUAGUCAUCUCUACAGAAAUUGCACCUGGAAUUUUUGUAGGAAACGCUAUCAUAUCUCCACAAAAUCCCUAUGUAAAAAUAAUGAACACAACGAAAUCAACUGUAAAUAUAUCCAACUUAGAAUUAAACCUGAAAUGGAACCCUUAGCAAACUACAAUAUAAUGAAAAUUAACAAUAAAGAUAAGAAUAAUACGAGAAAUAAAAAAGUUUUAAAUGAGAUAGACAUGAAAAAUGUACCAAUCUACGCACAACAAGAAUUAAGCAACCUAAUAUUAAACUAUUCAGACAUUUUUGCACUCACUGACAAACCACUGUCGACUAACAUUUUUUACAACAAAAACAUUAACUUAAAGGACAAUACCUCCGUAUACAUACCCAAUUAUAAAACAAUCCAUUCUCAAAAUACAGAAAUAGAAACUCAAAUUACUAAAAUGCUAAAAGACGAAGUAAUAGAACCUUCAAUAUCAUCCUAUAACAGUCCAAUUUUAUUAGUACCAAAGAAAUCAAAUGAUGAAACCAAGAAAUGGCGACUAGUAAUAGAUUUCAGACAACUCAACAAAAAAUCCUGGCAGACAAAUUUCCCCUACCUAGAAUCGACACAAUUUUAGAUCAACUUGGCAGAGCCAAAUACUUUUCAACAUUAGACUUAAUGUCUGGUUUUCACCAAAUAGCGUUAGAAAAUAACUCUAGAAAAUUUACCGCUUUCUCAACACAGAGUGGUCAUUACCAAUUCACACGCUUACCUUUUGGAUUAAAUAUUAGCCCAAACAGUUUUCAGAGAAUGAUGACAAUUGCAAUGGCUGGACUAACACCAGAACAUGCAUUCGUCUAUAUCGAUGACAUAAUUGUUAUCUCCAAAUUCGACACUAUUAACAACUACCCCAUACCCAAAAAUAGUGACGACUGUAGACGAUUUGUAGCUUUUUGUAACUAUUACCGCAAAUUUGUGCCAAACUUUGCACAAUAGCACACCCACUAAAUCAACUUCUAAAGAAAAAUAAACAGUUCGUUUGGACAAAUGAAUGCCAAAACGUCUUUAACACACCAAAAACACACCUAAUCUCACCAAAACUACUUCAAUACCCCGACUUUACUCAAUCGUUUAUACUAACAACUGACGCAUCAGACGUAGGAUGCGGAGCAGUUUUAUCCCAAAUUAAAAACGGAAACGACUUACCCAUAGCUUUCGCGAGCAAAAGCUUCACUCCAGGAGAGAAAAAUAAAUCGACAAUACUAAAAGAACUAACAGGAAUACACUGGGGAUUAAAUUAUUUCAAACCUUACCUAUACGGAAGAAAAUUUACGGUCAGAACAGACCAUAGACCAUUAGUAUUUUUAUUUAAUAUGAAAAACCCAACCUCCAAACUCACUAGAAUGAGACUAGAUUUAGAAGAAUUCAACAUUAAUAUAGAAUACAUUCCUGGUAAAAGCAACGCUACAGCGGAUGCCUUAUCCAGAAUUGUUGCAACCUCAGACGAAUUGAAAGCCUUAAACGUACUUACUGUCAACAAUAGGUCCAUGACAAAAAAAAAUAAUAGCAAUAAUAAUAAUUCCAAUAUUAAUAAUAAUAAUAAUAUUAAUGAUAAUAUUAACAUCAACAAUAAUAGUAAUACCUAUAAUAAUAAUAAUAAUAAUAAUAAUAUUAACGAUAAUGUAAAGAAUAAUAUUAACAACAAUAAUAAUAUGAACAACAACUAUAAAUUACUUAACGACAAAGGACAAAUGACGAAAGGUAGAGAAACUGAUCACCUCACUAUCUAUACGACUGAAAACCCGACCGAAACAAGAAACUUACCUAAACUAAGAAUAACGGUAGAAAAUAACUAUUUAAUAUUCAAUAUAUACAAAGACGCGCAAAUGAAAAAAAUGAUAAACAGAAUCACAACAUAUAUAAGUGGAAGAAGAACUCUAGAGUUCACACUUUCAGCAUUGGAAAAAGAAAUGAAUAAGAUGCAAAUAAAGAAAAUCGCUAUAGCAAACAACGAAACAAUAUUUAAAGAGGUACCCAUAGAAACAUUUAAAGCGCUAGCGAAACAAACAAUUAAAAAUAUACAGAUAAUAAUGUAUCAACCACCCAAGUUCAUUAGUGAUCCUGGCGAGAUACAGUACAUAUUAAAAAACCACCACAAAACCCCUACAGGAGGACACAUAGGACAGCAUCGACUGUACCUGAAAAUAAGAGAAUAUUACAAUUGGAAGGACAUGAAAGGAUCUAUUUCUCGAUUCAUAAAGGCCUUGAAUCGUGCAAAAAGAACAAAAUAAUAAAACAUACCAGAGAAAAACAAAUAAUGACCAAUACACCAUCAAAACCAUUCGAAAUAAUAUCCAUAGAUACAAUAGGUCCAUUACCAAAAACAAUCAACAAUAAUCGUUACGCAAUAACGAUUCAAUGUGAAUUAACUAAAUACAUCGUAGUAAUACCCACACCAACCAAAGAAGCAAACAUAAUAGCAAAAAAUCUAGUAGAGAAAUUCAUAUUAAUGUACGGAAAAUUUCUGGAACUCAAAUCAGAUCAAGGAACCGAAUAUAAAAACGAAGUACUUGAACAGAUUUGUAAAUACCUACAAAUAAAACAAACAUUCGCUACAGCACACCACCCCCAAACAAUCGAAUCAUUGGAGAGAAAUCAUAGAUGUUUAAACGAAUAUCUACGAUCAUUCGUAAAUGAACACCAUUCCGAUUGGGACGAAUGGAUACCAUAUUACGCAUUUACUUAUAACACUACCCCACACUCAGAACAUAAAUUCACUCCAUAUGAACUAAUUUUUGGCAACAAAGCAAAAUUACCACAAGAAAAUUACCCAACAACAAUAACACCAAUGUACAAUUUAGACUUAUAUAGCAGAGAACUAAAAUACAAGUUAGAAAAAUCAAACGCAAUAGCGAAACAAAGAUUAGAAAAGGAUAAACAUUCAAGACAAGAAUUUAUACACAUACCAACAAACAAUAAUAAUGAUAAUUUCACUUCGCUACAUUAUUCAACCAAAAGGGGGAUGCUGUAACGGACUUACUUUCUAGCAUCACAAAUUAUUCCCACAAAACCAAUCCCUACAUGCACCAAUGUGAAUCCUUCUCAGGUCACAGGUCAUAAAAACCAAAUUUAACAUAUCCUUUAGUCAGGCCACUUGAAACGAGGCCACACUCAUAUUUUCCCACAGAUCGUAAAUUACUUGAGCGAUCGUUUUCAAAUCCAACUUGCAUAACCAGAUGGGCGCAUUCCAGUUAAACCAUUCUGGGUCGCACCACUUGUUAUAGCAACAUUCUCACUAGGUCAUUAUUAUGCUGAGGCGACAAAUAAGCAGCCUUGCGUAACCAAACAAAAGCACCGAUAGCAACCAAUGCACCCAUACUUAUUCAUUGAUUUGUUUUCCCUUUUUUACGCUACCCGUACAUAAUUAUGUACUUUGAAAUUGUAACUGACUCCUCCCAUUUUGAUGUACAUAGAAUAGUUUAAGUCAGGUUAGCUAGGUUAGCUCGUAAGAUUUUAAAAUGCAAUAAAACACAUUAUGUUAAACAGCCAACAAGGGUACAGGUUAAAAGUUUAAAAUAUCACGUAUCCAAAAACGUGUUAGUCACGUAUCCAAAAACGUGUUAGUGGCGGCUUGCUCCCCUCCUAUGUUAGUAAAGGAAAAAGGUAGGAAGUGGGAAACAUGCUGUAAAAUUUUGUAAAAUUGACAUUCUCGUUGGCUGGGGGAUGAUUGUAGGGGAUAUGCACACUUUAUUGUAGUUGUUUCCAUCCAGUAAAUCGCAGGGGCGUCAUGAUGUUCUUGUGACGUGUGUCGUGAUGUUCUGGAUAGAUGGUUAUCAAGAAAAGUAUGCAUUGUAGAAUUGCGAAGCAAUGCCAUAUUGUAGAUACAGGGCGAGAUAGACGAGGUAAAUGGAAGGGGAAAAUGUAUUAAACUUGGACAUCAAUAGUUUUCAAAAAGAUGUAGAUAAGAAAAAUGUAAGAGUGGUCACGGCUUGCCAGGACGUCCCGGACUGGCACAUAGCGUGAUCUACCUCACGCCCGAAGGGAAUCUAUUAGUUGGGACCUGGCAACACGGUACUGUGCGCACAGCCAAACAACAUGCUCGAUGUCGUGAUAGCCACAAUGAUUACUAUCAGCAAGUCCUAUACGACGGAGAUGCGCAUCAAAGUGUAAUGGUUAGACAUGAGCCUUGACAUCGUAUGAAUAAAGUCCCGGUUUACAUCCAAGCCCUUAAACCAAGCAUUCGUUGAUACCUUCGGGAUAGUGGAAUGUAGCCACCGUUCCAGAUGCCCCUUGCUCCAUGAAGUUUGCCAACUUUCUCUGACGAGAGAUACUGAAAAAUUCAUUGAAACAAAUUGGUCUUUCGUAAUGCGCCCACCUUGGCUAAAGAGUCCGCCUUCUCAUUACCGGCAAUAGAACAAUGUGACAGGACCCAAACCAAUGUAAUCUGGUAAGAUUUUUCAGAUAAAGCACUUAGAUAUUCCCGUAAUUUCCCCAGGAAAUACGGUGAGUGUUUUCCAGGCUUCGCCGCACGGAUGGCCUCAAUGUAGCUGAGACUGUCCGAAACGAUGAAGUUAUGGUCUGCGGGCAGGGUGUCAAUGAUCCCGAGAGUAUACUGAAUGGCAGCUGAUUCUGCGACGUAAAUUGAAGCAGGAUCAUUGAGUUUCAAUGAGGCAGCAAGAUUUUCGUUGAAGAUACCGAAGCCUGUGGACCCAUCGAGAAUUGAUUCGUCAGUGUAGAACAUUUUUCCGCAGUCGACUUGAUGGUAUUUAUUAUAAAAAAAAUUUGGGACCACUUGUGGGCGAAUGUGAUCCGGGAUUCCACAAAUCUCUUCCUUUCUGGAUAUGUCAAAUAAUACAGUUGGAGCAGAAGUAUCUAAGAGAUGAGCACGGUUAACGUUAUACGAAAAUGAAUUGAUGUUCUGUGACAUGUAAUCCAAGUACAAGGACAUGGAUCGGGUCUGAGAAUUAAGCUCGACAAGCCUUUCGAAAUUUGCAAUCACCAAUGGGUUCAAAAUAUCGCAUCGAAUGAGCAAUCGAUACGAGAGGUCCCAAAAUCGAUUUAUGAGUGGAAGGACGCCCGCCAGCACUUCAAAACUCAUCGUAUGGGUCGAGUGUAUGUAACCCAACGUAAACAGCGAUACUGGAUUCUCUCUAGUUUGAUGAAAUGUAUGCUCGCAACGUAGCGAAAAGCAGAAAUAUCCGUACUCCAUCACUGAUAAUAUCGUUGUUUGGUACAGCCUGAUUAGGUCUCCUGGGUGGGCACCCCACCAAGUUCCGGCUAAUGUACGGAGAAAGUUGAUCCUUUGUUGGCACUUCUGUUUCAGAUACCUAAUGUGACAUCCCCAGGUACCUUUAGAGUCGAACCAGACCCAGGGAUAUUUGAAUGUUGAAACCUGAGCAAAAGUUUUAUCCAUUAACUGAAGCUGUAGUUUCGCAGGUUCACGCUUCCUAGAAAAUACGACUAGCUCAGUUUUCUCCGUAGAGAACUUGAUACCCAGCUGGAGAGCCCAAGCAGACAAAUUGUCCAAGGUUAGUUAGUUAGUUGAUUAUUGCAGCUUUAACCACGGCGGGUCAUUUGCUGAUAAAAGAAUUAAAGUUAUACAUUUGAUUUGUAAUGAGAUUAUGUUGUUUCUUGUUUCUAAAUGUUCUCCAGAGUUCCGUCAGAUGCUAUCGUGAUAUUUGCGCAGGCUUGGUUGUAGGAUGGGCCGCGGGAAACCUCCCCACAACUCGGCGGAGUGUGGCAGAGGGCCGCGAUCGGGUUUCAUCAGGUUUCGUCGUUAGAUGCCGUCGUAUAGUCCGGCAUCCUUGAUGAAGGAUAGCAAUGCUUGUUCCUGGGCAGGGUCGUGCGAGAGGAUGUCUCUGAUCGAUCGCGGCAUGUUGUAUUGUUGUCGUAGAUUUUCGAGUUUCUCACAGUUGCACAGAAUGUGCUCGACGGUCAGGCGCGUGUUGCACGGGGUGCAUUUAGGAAUGGGGUUGUUGGCUAUCAUACGUGCGUGGGUCAAUCUGGUGUGGCCGACUCGAAGCCGGGAGAGGAUCUUCUGCUCUAUUUGGUUGUUGCGGUCGAUCCAUACGUCGGGGUAGCCUUUGAUUUUUUGCGUAUGGCCGCGGGAGUUUCGUAAGUAGUUGAUGAAAUUGGUUUGGAUGCUUGCGUUGAACUCUCGAAUGAUAUCGGUUGUUGGUAUUUCAGCCGAGAGUUGGGCGCAUGUCCGCCUUCCGAGGGAGGCCAAUCGAUCUGCGUCAACAUUCCCUUUUAUUCCGCUGUGGCCUGGAACCCAACAGAUGGACAAGAGUGGGUCACGGUAGGCUUCAAUGGCCUGUACGAAAGGGUGCUUCGAUGUUCAGCUUUCGAUGUCCUUUAACACGGAGAGCGAGUCGGUGAAAAUGACCGUCGGGGAGUCUUUUUUCCAUUGCUACUGCCAGGGCGGCAGCCUCUGCUGAGAAGAUUGACCACGAAGAGGGCAAGCGGAAGGAGAGCCCGCUCUCCAGGCAACUGAUCCCCGCUCCCACUCCAUCGUCGGCCUUGGAUCCGUCGGUAAAUAUUCGAAGGUGGCCUGAAUAUUUCCGGUUAACUAGUUUUUGAUAGUGGGCUCCGAUGCGGUUAGGGGGGUUGCCCGCUUUGACGACCAGAGAUAGGCUUCAGUCGAUGUUGUGACUCGGGUCGUUCCACGCACGAUGUCUCACCCGAUGUAGGCGAUUGGCGGUAAGGGGCUGUUUGCGUACUUGUUGUGGAGGUCCUUGGCCAUGGAAAGAGCAAAGCAUUCACCUCCCGAGGUUUUUUUUUCCAAGAAUCCGAGACUUCUCCUGAAUGCUGUUUCUGCAACUGCCCAGCGGCAGGGAAGAACUCCCGCCUCAACGCAGGCUGAUUCGGCAGGUGUACUUGGCAGCAAGUUGGAGGCUAGUCGGACGGCUCCGUGAUACAGCGGGCCGAGGACCUCGACCAGUCUGUCUAGGUUGCGACAAGUCAAUUCGAUGCCGUAGUAUAUCCUGCUGUGGAUUAAGGCGCGGCUCACGUUGAUUGCGGUUUUUCUGUUUUUUUGGGGUAGCGAGAGCAGAUCGUUCGGACCAACCGCUUUCGGCUCUCGCAGUCCCUCUUUAGGUGGCGAAAGUGUGGAACAAGGGUCGCUUUUCUAUCCAGUGUGAUGCCGAGCACUUUCGGCUCUUUUCGGAAAGGUAUCUGGACCCCGUUGAGCGAGACCGGUCUGGCGUUGGCGGGGUGAAAGGAUACGCAGCAGUGAGUAAUCGCACACUUAGAAGCAGCGAUGUUGAAGCCGGUAGCCAGAGCCCAUCGUCCGAUCGCAUUGACGGCGGCUUGAAGAGAGAUCCGGGUGCGGGGGAUCGUUUUUCUCAAGGCGACUAGGAUGAUGUCGUCCGCAUAGACGAACACGUAGACUCCUUUGGGUAGUGAAUCGAAAAUUGAGUUCAUCCUAACUAGGAAUAGCGUUACUGCAAGCACUGAUCCUUGUGGGACUCCGUUGGUCUCCCACAAUUCGUCGGAGAGUUCGCCGCCGAUGUAUACCUGGAAUCGUUGGUCCUUUAGGUAAUUCUGAAUGAAGGCUCUGAGAUUGCCCUGGAUGCCCCAUCGGUGCAUCUCUCACAGUACUCCUUCGCGCCACAGUGUAUUGUAGGCUUUCGCCACGUCUAAGAUGGCGAUGUCGGCAUGUAAGUUUUUCGCUCUCGCUUCUUCGAUCAGUUCCCCGAGGGAUCCCAAAUGGAUUCCUGUCCCGAGUCCUUUCCGGAAGGCAAAUUGGCGGUUGUCAAGAAAUUUGCCUUCUUCCAGCUAUGUAAUCAGCCGACGGUUGACCAUUCUUUCUAGAAUCUUCGCGGUACAUGAAAGAAUGCUUAAUGGACGGAAGUCGCUCGGGGAUCGUGUGCCUUUACUCUUUUUGGGGAAUGGCACUAUGUAGGCAAGUUUCCAGUCGUCUGGGAAGUUUCCACCUUCCCAGAUGCUAUUGAAGGCAUCCAGGAGUGCCCUUUUCCCGCCAGGGGGAAGAUGUCUUAACAUUGGGUACCCUACUCUGUGGGGGCCAACCGAUUUUCCGCGGGUCCUAAGGGCUGCAGUGAGUUCCGUCCAGGAGAAGGGUUUGUUAUAUUCCGCUGUAGAGUUUGGUGAAAAAGUGAUGGGGGUUGCUUCGAGACGUGUCUUGUAUCGGACAAAGGCGACGGGGAGGGCGUCGUUUGCGGAUAGCGAUUGGAAAUGGCUGCCGAUUCUGUUUGCUUGGGUCGGUGAUUGUUACAUCGUUGAUUGCCAGUGAGAAACCGUUUUGUCGCCGUUUACCGCUGAGAGCAUUGACCCGUCUCCAUAACUCAGGUGUUGGGGAAUCUGGGUGUAUGCCGUCCAAGAAGUUGGACCAGCUGAUUCUUGGAUGGUUUUCCUAGCUAGAUUGCGGAAUCUCCUGAACUCGGCUGCUCUUUCAGCACGUAGGGGGAGGUCAAGGGGAGUUUUUUGUAGAAGACGUACUGCUUUCCUACGUGUCUUGCUGGCGGAGGCGACGUCUGGAUUCCACCAGUAGAUGGCGCUGCGGGGCACGACCCCACUAGUUUGAGGGAUGCUUAAUUCUGCAGCUUGGAUAAUCAGUUCGGAGAGCUCUUCCGGGGUCUAGGUGCGGUCACGGUCAAGGUUGGACUGGAAGUCUGCGUCAAAAGUAUCCCAGUCAGCGUUAUCGUACAGCCCCCGGCCCAGGGGGACAGGUCGACGCCGGCGUGAAGGUGGGUCUCCUGGAUGACAAGGCAGAGUGGUUCAAGGCGAGAGAUAAUACUUUGCAGGUCCCUGAGGUUGUGUCUCAGCCCGUUGAUGUUCCACUGAAGGGCGAGGAUAGACAAACCGCAAGCUCCGUAGGAUUUGGGUCGGCUGGUAGGCUGGCUGAUGGAGUAGGUAUAUCCGUCGGCGGUGUUGUGCAAACUGUUACCGAUGCUGGGCGUGCUGUCUGAAAUGGAUGCGGCACUAUUCUGGUCUUGGCGAGAUUUUGGAUUGUGGUGACUUACCCGGGGGGAGCCGGGCCCCCUGCACCGGCAGCCACCGGAGGUUUUUCGGUCGGAACCGCGACGUCCACGGUCAGGGCCGGUGCAGGGGAGGAGGCUUUUUCCCUGGCCGUGCAGCAAUCUAUUUCGGAUAUGGCGAUUUGAUUUUCAGUUGGAUGUUCGGUUUGACAGACGGACUGCCCUUCCGGCGACCGUCGGGGGUGUGGCAGAGGGUCCGCGUGAGUUUGGCCGGUGAAUCGUCUUCCUGGACAUGUGAUAUCCAGGACGUCAGCUGGGCAAACAUUUUCUGAAAGAGGGUUCGGGGCGCUUAGCUGUUCUCGGAGUAUAGAUUGAAGAGCUGAACUUACCCGGGGGGGUAGCCGGGCCCCCUGCACCAGCAGCCGUCGAAGGUUUAUCGGUGGGAUCCGGUACAUCCGCGAGCAGGGCCGGUGCAGGGGAGAAGGCUUUUCCUUAUCGCUCUUGCGCUUGAUAUUCUCGGUUACGGGGUGUGAUUCGUUGGUUAUAUCUCGGUGGCUUAAUACUAGAGUACCGUUUGUUGUGCGCCUUGUUAGGAGGGAUACCGGGUGCCAGGAGCAUCCGGCGAUUGGACUGGGUGAUCGUUGUGUUAAGUCCUUUGGAUGCGGUUUUACUUUUUUGGUUUGUGCUGAUGUGCUGUUUGGCGUUGUAGGUCCCUAUUAAUUUUGCGUCCCGGCUGUCGUGCGCUGAGGCUUCCGGGUGGAUUGCGGCUGGGAGAGUCCAGUUCACCGGUUGGGGAGUACGGUUGUUGGUGGUGGUUCGGGAGGUCAACGCGGGUUAGGCUGCCUGAAGCGAAUUCAGUCGGUUGCCAGGUGUGGAACCUAAUUGGGUGCCAGGAGCAUCUGGCAACGGGGUUUGGUUCUCGGUGGGAUGAGCUUUUAGUGUGAUCAUUCGCUGGUUUCUUUGUGCUAGGGUUCGUCAGUGGGUGUCGGUUUUCCUUCGAUAUUCGUUUGUCUGGAAGAAAUUCGGAGGAGUACAGUUCCUUGGUGGCAGGGGGUGUAUUGCGACUUACCCGGAGGCAAGCCGGGCACCUUGCGCCGGCAGCCGCCGGAGGCUCAUCGACUAUGGUCGGUACUAUCCGGUCAGGGCCGGCGCAGGGGAGAAGGCAUUCUCCCUGAACGUGCGGCUGACAAUUUCGGAUGUUAUGUUGUGGUUUAAAUUUUCGGUUGACUUGUAGUCGUGUUUUGUCCUGCUGAAAUCAGCGGAGGAGUAGCUCAGUUGGCAGUCGUGUUUGGGUGGACUAGCGGGCUGCCCUUCGAGUGACCACAGUGGGUAUGGCAAGGGGUCCGCAUGGAUUGGGUUGACUAUGUCUUCAGUUGUUUGCACGAUGCGAAGCCUGUCAUUCGUUGGUUGCUUAGUACUAAUGUUGGUCGGUAAGGGUCGGAUUCCUUUCUUUGUCUUCUCGGUGUUAGAGCGGGUGGGGGUGGUGAGUUGUCUGCUGGUAGUUCCGAGAGGUACGGCUGUUCGUUGGUGGGAGGAAGUGUAUUGCGACUUACCCGGGUAAAGCCGGGUCCCCUACACCAGCAGCCGCCGGAGGCUCGUCGACUGGAGUCGGUACUACCCCGGUCGGGGACGGUGCAGGGGUGAAGGCUUUCUCCCUGACAGAGCAGCUGGCUGUUUCGGAUAGUAUGUAGGGAACUAUUUCCCCGGGUAGACUACGGUGUGAGAUGAGCUUGUUGGUGUUGAGGUGGUUGUUAGUAGCGUUUGGUGCAGCUGUAGCUGUUUCCUUUGUUUGUAUUUGUUUAAUCAUUGGUGCUAUUUGUUGUAUUUGUUGCAUGGUUUCGUUUAUAAAUUGUUUCAUAUGUUUGAAGUUUAGCUGCUGUUGAUAUUUUCAGAUUUUUCAAUCCGAGAUGAGCUCGCUGCUGUCGGUAGGUAUUUCACGAUUUUUAUUUUGUGGUUGGUUGGGUUUUGAUUUUUUGGUACGGUUCUUUCCUGUGCGAUUCCGAUUCCUUUGCUUUGGGGAUCUUUUUAAAUGGGGCUGCGUGAUUUGUCUGUGUCUUCCGGACGAUGUUCUUGCUUGUAUCUGUUUCGGAUGGAUCUUCUAUCACCGGUACUUCAGGUUGCUGGAUUUGCCUGGAUAUUUUGCAUUCCGUCGAUCGACAUUGCUCUCGGGUCACGGUUGAUUACUGGGGGCCCCAUCGAUUUGAUGGAUUCGCCGGCCUUUUUGGCCAUAAAGUGUUUUUUAACUCCUCAACGAUUUUUCUUAGCGCCGCUAGUUCAUUUCGUAGCCUUUUGUUCUCUUUUUUGUGGAAAUUAAUUCUUCUUUAGGCUGUUGGGUCUCAGUGUCCUUGGUUUCCGUCGUCGGUCGGUUUCCUACCAGCUCCUUGAGCAUGGCGACUUCCCCCAACAGGGCGUUUAUAGUUCGGUCUCUUUCAUCAACUGUGGGCCUGAGAUUUCUUUUAAGAGUGUCUGCAAAACAUUGUUUUGAUUGGCCAGUGCUUUGGCCUCGGGGAACGUUAAAUUUCCAUCGAUUUUCAGUUUGAUGAUUUGCGCUUCCUUCAUUUGAAAUGGGCACUGUUGAUCCCUUGCUGAAUGCUUGUCGCCGCAAUUAACACAUUUGCUCUCCGCUUUGCAAGGAGUUUUUUUGUUGACUUCGUGUUCUCCGCUACAAUUGAGACACACCUCUUUCUGACUGCAUACCCUCGAUCCAUGGCCGAAUUUUCCACAGCGGAAACAUUGCAUCGGGCUCGGAUAGUAUCGCCUAAUUUUAACGCGCAUCAUACCCAGGAAGAUUGUUUCCGGUAGGUGAGAUCCAGAAAAGGAGAGUACCAAAAGCGGAGUGUUUGAAAGGCUACCGUUAACUUUUUUGGUGAUCCUUCGAACCUCUAUGACCCUUUGCCCCUUUAUCUGUUCCAGGAUGAUCGAUGUUUCCAUGUUGAUGGUGUCCAAAUCGUAAAGUAGACCUUGGACUUUGUUCAGGAAUGGGUGCGGGAUUAUUUCGAUCUUCUAACCAUCGGCUAGCUCAUCGAUUUUUAACAGUCGGUCAUGGGUUCUCUGUGAAGAAGUUCGAAGAGCGUACUGGGUCCCUCUUGCCUCUUUAACCGCCGAGACCCAUUUUGUUGGUUCCGUUCCUGAGGCGUUUUUGAGGGUUAAAUGAAUCAGAAAUGGGUUAGUAGGGAGUUUCCCGCAUACCCCAUUUUUAUCUCUAGCCGCGCGCAGUAGUAGUGUUUGUUGGUCGAUGUCAUCGCCAGAGUUCAGGUAGGACGGGAUUGCAUGACUGGGUGACGGCCCCCCUCCCGGGGGCCACUGGUUUUCGCUCAUGAGGUCAAUUGUUCAAUAAAUUGUGUUCUAUGAACAGAAAUUACCUUUCAGUUGUGUGAUCCUGCGUUGGACGGUCUCCCUUAUGUGGGUGGUUUCCCCUUACACUAGACUUUUGGUGUGUAUACCUAAAAAGGUAUUGUACCACCAGACAGGGUCGUCGAGUCUCAAACUCGUCUGAGGUUCGUCACUUCACUCUCGUAUCGAAAACUGGUGCCCGACACUGUUGUCCGAUUUGGAUCUUCCACGUUUGGGGUUCGACACUUAUCACGUAUAUAAGUCACUCACGGUUUGCACUGAUGGGGACGCAAGGUUUUUUACCGGGUUUGAAUUUUCGCGCAAUGGAAGCGCAAUCCGUUCAUCGAUUUAACUUUUCAAACUCAAUGGAGGCGCGAGUUGUUCACCUACUUCAAAGUCUGCACUCCUGGUACUUGCCACUUUUAUCACUGCACAAUUUUUUUUCACAAAAAAGGCCCUAGUAGGCCUGGGUUUUUAUCUCUGUCGGUGGGGGAAGACUUUGGCGGCGUAGCGAAAGGGGAGCGAAAAAGGUCCCGGUAGCGGAACCGAGUGCUGACUUUUUCGGGGAAUCACAGAGCUACAGCGAUAAACACUCAACCGAUCACUCCGAGUGAUUGAUACGAACUGAAUUGUCCAAGGUAUUUUGCAGUGGUCCUUGCAAGUCGACGGCCUUGGGACCUGUAAUAGAGACCACACCGUCAUCGGCAAGCUGCCUUAGCGUGCAGGAAUUGACAAGACAUUUGUCAGUGUCAUUCACGUAAAAAUUGUAGAGAAGAGGGCUUAGACAUGAGCACUGGGGAAGGCCCAUGUAGCUAAAUCGUGAUGUCGAUAAAUCGCCAUGCGAGAAAUGCAUUUGUUUUUCAGACAACAGGUUUAGCAAAAAGUUAUUUAAAAUUGGUGAAAGACCAUGCUGGUGCAACUUCUCAUAAAGAAUGUUGAUAGAAACUGAAUCGAAAGCCCCCGUAAUAUCCAAGAAUACUGAUACCAUCUGCUUUUUGUUAGCAUAUGCCAUUUGAAUUUCUGUUGAGAGAAACGCAAGGCAAUCGUUCGUCCCUUUGCCUUUGCGGAAGCCAAAUUGUGUAUCUGACAGUAAGCCAUUUACUUCGACCCAAUUUUCGAGGCGAAACAAGAUCAUUUUCUCGAAUAACUUCCGGAUACAGGAUAGCAUUGCCAUCGUUCGAUACGAGUUGUGGUCAAAGGCUGGUUUUCCUGGUUUUUGGAUGGCGAUGACACUCACUUGUCUCCAAUCAUGUGGGACAAUGUUACCCUCAAGAAACUUGUUAAAUAAAUUCAACAAGCGUCUCUUGGCAGAGUCUGGUAGUUUCUUCAACAAGUUCAAUUUGAUUCUGUCUGGCCCUGGAGCUUUAUUGUUACAUGAUAAGAGAACAAGUGAGAACUCCACCAUCGAAAACGGUGUUUCGUUCGCGGUAUUGUAAUUCGACGCGGCGCGGUAGAUUUUCUGUGCCGUGGCGAAAUCCGGACAAACCUUCUUGGCGAAAUCGAAUAUCCAACGGUUUGAAUAUUCCACGCUCUCGUUAGUACUGUUUCGGUUUCGCAUACGUCGGGCCAUGCCCCAAAGAGUACUCAUCGACGUUUCUCUUGUUAACCCGUCGACAAACCGACGCCAGUAACUGCGUUUCUUGGCUUUCAUUAAAUUUUUCAUUCGCUUUUGUAAUAUCGCGUACAGUCGAUAGCUAGCGACUAACCCGUCGUUCCGGAAGGCUUUAUACGCGACAGCCUUCUCCGCGUACACGUCUGAGCACUCUUUAUCCCACCACGGGUUGGGAGAACGUUUUUGGGUGUUUACGUCGGGUACUCGUUUCGUCUGAGUUUGAAUCGCGAUAUCGAGAAUGGAGUUGGACAAAAACUUAUACUCUUCCUCCGGGAGAAGUAUCUGUGUUGAAUCGAUAGUUUUGGAUAUCUCAGCAGCGUAGCUCUUCCAAUCAAUAUUUCGUGUGAGGUCAUAGGUAACAUUAAUUGGUUCUGAAGGUCUUGAACGAGUGGUGAUUGCAAUUACAGUCGGCAGGUGGUCACUACCGUGGGGAUCAUAUAUUACUUUCCACUUGCAAUCUAACCGUAGUGGUGUUGAGCAUAGAGAUAUGUCUAGUGCACUUGUUUGUGCUGGUGGUCUAGAAAUUUCGUGUCAUUUCCCUUGUGUUCAGAAUUGUCAUAUUGAAGUUGUCACAAAGGUCUUGAAUUGUCAAGGAUCGGUUAUUGUCGUACAGACAUCCCCACUCUUUACCGUGAGAGUUAAAGUCUCCAAGAAGCAGGUGGGGCGAGGAAAGGUGUUCACGUUGGAGAGUCUUCGAUAUCCCAUCAGGGCUCUAGGAGGAAUGUAGAAUAGAAGCAAUGCAAAGAUCUUAGCACUUUUUGAUCCCUAAAAGUACCCCUCCGUAUGUGUCUUCUCGAUCCAAGCGGAUAAUGUUAAAAUCGUGGAAGUUGAGGUUUACAUUAGAAGUAAACCAUGUUUCACAUAGGGAAAAGGCAUCACAAUUAGUGUAAUCUAGCAAGUGUUUUAAGGGGUUAUAUACAAAGUUGUGGCGAAAAAGUGAGCUAAGUUUGUGUUUUUUUCAAAAGUAUUUUAUGCAAAUUUUAUUUGAAAAAGCGAAAGACAGUUCGUUAGUAGCACCUUCAAAGAUAGUUUUUCGAUAGAAUUUAAAAAAUAUUCAAUGUUGUCGGAGAGAUGGCCCAGCCCCAGAAGCCUGUUUUUUAGGCUGAGGUUUGCGAUGAACGCUCUCCAAGGUGAACCGCUCAACUGAAAUCCAGAAACUAAAAAGUUUAUUGAAGAAAAAUAAAUUGUGGUGUACUUGAACGGAUCGGUUUCCCAAUAAAAAAAAAAAAUUCUUACAAAAAAUCACGUUAACCAAAAAGUUGAGUUUUUUGGUGUUUAAAAUUUUAAACAAAAAUUCAUUGCAAAACAUAAAAAAUUGUGUGAUGAGGAAGGAACCGUACACGACAAUGUAAAUACAAACAAAUCAAAAAAAUAAUUAUGAAAAUCGGAUGAAUAGUUUUUGAGAUAUCGCGUUCACCGCAACGGUACUUUUCAAAAAACUUCAUUCCGAGAUAAUUGCGUUUAAAGUUUUGUGUUAACUUCAUGCGUGGAAGAACCAGCGCGCUGCAAACGGCUAUCAUUUAAAAUCUUGUGUUCCGAUAUGGAUGAAAUUUUGCACAGAUAUUUUCAAAUGUAUUUAUUUUCAGAAUAUUCAAUAAUUUAUUUUUCGAUUUUUUGAGUUCCAACUUUGUAUAUAACCCCUUAAUGAAUCAAUGUUGGGGAUAAUACUUCUGCAGUUCCACAGUAAAACAGUGAUCAGAUCCGUGAUUCCGUUUAAUAAGUUAGCCAUCGAAGGAUGCGUUCGCUGCAAGGAAGGGCCAUUGUUCAGUCAACUGCUUUAACCUUCCGGCAGUCGCGCUAGUGCACUGAGUGCACACUGCUAGCGAAAUCUGAAAAAAAUCUAGCGAAAUUGUCUUAGGGUACUAGCGGGUGCUCGUUCAGUGAGCCAUUUGUGCGACUUUCGGAGGGUUAAAAAUGUUUUUACUGUUGGUAGAAUAGCAACCAGCAAGAUUUUUAGAGGAUCGGUAAUGUUGAAAGCUGUGAAUAUCCAGUCCACAUUGUUAGAGAAUUUAAGGAAUCCCGUUUUAGGUUGAGUUUCUGACAGUAAAAUGGGACCACUUGGGAUUUUUGGUGCCCCGGGAAGUGCUGGGAACUCCUGGUUGUAUCUCAUUUUCCCAAAACCAGGAGAUAUUAUCUUCGGAUUUGUAGCAGCACUUCCAGUUGAUGAAUUUUAUUUGGUACCCUUGUUUGGGACAACCUAGGACCCUUGCGAGGAAGUUCAGGUGAGUCUGGAUUAGGUCUUUUUCUAGAGUUUCCAAGCGAAGCCAAAGAGUGCCCCUCGCAAGGAUCGUUAGAGGCGUUAUCGUCAGUUGGCAAGAGAGCGAAUGAGUUUUCGGAGAUAAGUGGAACAGCUCUUUUAAGCAUUUCUGCGUAAGAGCGUCUGGAGCGAUCUUUGGCGGAUCGCUUCAGUUUAUCCACGCGAAAUUUGUACGUUGGACAUGUCACAAGUACAUGCGGAUUCUCCCCGCAGUAAACACACUUCUCAGCAGGCCUACUGCAAGUAUCAUCCGCAUGGCGUUCCCCACAUUUACCGCACCGUUGCUUGUUGCUACAGUAGGUGGCCGUGUGACCUAGCUACUUGCAAUUGGUACAACCCGCGGUACAAACAGGCGCACAGGUAAACGAGCUCCUCCCACUUCAACGUAGCUCGGAAGUGCAGAUCCGGCUAAGGUUACGCGAAACGAGUCUGAUGGAUAGUAAUUCCCAUCUUCGAUGGGCUUUGAGUGCAAUUGCUUGCACACCAAAAUCUUAACUGAUUGAAGAUUAGGGUCCUUAAAGCGGCCAACCCCAUCAUUCAUCAGAUAAUCGACAGUUAGACCCGCAUCACUGACCACACCGUCGAUCUCCACAUCACGAGAAGGAAUGUAGACGCGAUACUCCAGUGUAAAGAGGCUAUUGCUAACCAUACCAUUGGCCUGUUUCAAAUCAGUAACGACUAUGCGCAGUUUAUCUGACUGAACCUUGUUAAUCUCGGCUACGGCCGAGUAACGUUUUGUCAGCUCCCGUGCAAUAGUUAUGCUGUUUAACGGUUUAUUUUUGGGCCGAAAGUAUAC